UAUGCAUGAACCUUGUUUCUGCAUCGGCGUGAGACCGGCAAACAACUAAAGGGCAAACGUUUUGUAACCUGCAUUGAUUUCUAGAAGAUGAAUUACCUCUAAAACCACGAUUACAAUGUGGGUUGCAAGGCGAUUUACGUCUUUAGUCGCCCGGAGAGGGCAGUGUGGCUUAUUCUACCGACCCCAGGGCUCGCUCCCCGAACUAGAAUUCCGAUAUCUCAACUGCACGUGCUGCUGGAGGAGUCGGAUCCCAGUAGCAGGCUUUGAAACCAUGAAUGGCACCUUCUCUUCUUCUAUUACUCCUUGCAAUGAUGACAACAAGUCGCUGGACGCAUACUACACGUCAGAGCAGCGAGAUGUCAUUCUGCAGCUCCUCAACAAUGCGGCAGAGUCGGAACUCGCCGCUGUCAAGCUCCUUCGUGGCCGCAAGUCUGUCAACAUUGUGGAAUACAGGACUAGAAAUGGACCUUUUAAAAAUCUCGAAAGCGUCAUAAAUGUGCCGCUUCUGAAACACAAAAGUGCUGUCAUUGUCUUCAACUCCAUCCUCAACCCUCCGGAGAAGAAGGAGAAAAGAAAAGUAAAGGUCCAGCUAGCCAAGUUCAUCAGACCAGAGGUGGAAAGGACCUGGCUAGAGGAAGCAAAUUCCAUAGUGUCCAUUGUGUGUGGAGUGAAUAAAAUAGCCUGGGCGCACAUGGAUCGUGGCAUGAAUGUGUUGGAGUGGCAACAUGAGGAAUGCCACAACUUCCUGAAGGGAACCUACAUGGCUUCUGCCUACUUGGAUGAUAUUUCCAGUGUGGUAUCCCACCUCCCCACGGCUGACUUCUUCGUUGUGGAAAAGCCGUCCAUCUCCCUCCAGAACACCGCCCUGUACCCGGUAAUGGCUCACAUGCGUACAGUGGAGGCAAUGCUGUUCGCCCUGCUGGAGCCCCGCUACACCCAGCCUGACAUCACUGCUCCACCCAAGGUGCUCAACAUGAUGCGCACCGCCGUCGGCCGCCAUUUUGACCUCAUGGUGGGCGAGUCACGCACCAGCGGGGCCCAGACGGUGCGACAUAUGAUGACGGAGUCAGUGACUCAGAAGAUUCCGAGGGUGACAUUCCCUCACAACCUGUUGGUGAAAUACAGGAACUCCUUCCAGAUGGGUGGACGGAGUCGGGGGGAGGAGCUGUGUGACGCCAUUUUGCAGGCUGUGGCGUUUUACGAGCUGCUCAGUGAAUCGAGUUAAUGUUAGAGACAAUUUCCAUGCUCCAUUUUCAGAGACAAAGACCGAUUGACUAAUGUGUACAGUAUGUGUGACCUGGUGGGUCAAAGGUCACAGAGCUACCCUGAGAGACCUGCAUAUUGGAGGCUUGAUGGAAGUUGAUGCUAGCUUAUAUUUAAAUGUAUACUACAACACUUCCAACCUGUACACUCAGAUGGUAUUGCACAUGAGGUCUCAGUUCAGGCCCCACAGCUGAACUCAAGCCUCCCCUCAUACAGACACCACACGUCAUGUUUUCUUCACUUUCCCAUGAAUAGAAAUGUUAUGUCAGGGACAAUAGUAAAGCAGAACAGGCUUGAAUGUGUACAGUGAUAUGUCACAUGCGACCACCUGCACGGACAAAUGUUUAUAAUGCCUUCUGACUGAAAUACCUCUCAGAUUUUAAACACCACCUCACUGAACCCGAGUGAAAUAAAAAGUAACAAAUA